AUGGCGGUACUGAUUGCCUGUGUGACAGAUCCAGAUGGUAUGACAGAUCCAGAUGGGCUGCCGAGCGCGCCCCCGUUCCUUCUCCUGUGGGCGGGCCGCGGAGGGGACCUCAGACUCCGCCCACGUGUGUCGUGCGCAGUCAGUCAGGAAAAGGGGGUGAAGAAGAUGGCGGAUGUGGAGGAGCAGCUGUCUGAUGAGGAGAAGGUACGUGUAGCGGCAAAAUUCAUCAUCCAUGCCCCACCAGGAGAAUUCAACGAAGUAUUUAAUGAUGUUCGGUUCCUCCUUAACAAUGACAAUUUACUCAGGGAAGGUGCUGCUCAUGCUUUUGCACAGUACAACUUGGAUCAGUUCACUCCAGUAAAAGUUGAAGGCUAUGAAGAUCAGGUAUUAAUAACUGAACAUGGAGACCUGGGUAAUGGGAGGUUUUUAGAUCCAAAGAACAAGAUUGCAUUCAGAUUUGAUCACUUAAGAAAGGAAGCCAGCGAUCCCAGGCCCCAUGAGGGAGAAAAUGCCAUAGAAUCCUGGAGGAAUGUUGUGGACACUGCAGUGAGAUCCUAUGUGAAAGAUCAUUAUCCUAAUGGAGUUAGUACUGUAUAUGGCAAAACAAUUGACGGACAGCAAACAAUAAUUGUAUGUAUAGAGAGUCAUCAGUUUCAGGCCAAAAACUUCUGGAAUGGACGCUGGAGGUCAGAGUGGAAAUUUACCAUAACACAAUCUACCACAAAGGUGGUGGGAAUUCUAAAAAUUCAGGUCCAUUAUUAUGAAGAUGGAAAUGUACAGUUAGUGAGUCAUAAAGAUAUUGAAGAAUCGCUAACGGUGUCCAAUGAUAUUCAGACUGCAAAGGAGUUCAUUAAGAUUGUAGAGGACGCCGAAAAUGAAUACCAGACUGCAAUCAGUGAGAACUACCAGACUAUGUCUGACACUACUUUCAAAGCCUUACGUCGUCAGCUGCCAGUGACACGCACCAAGAUUGACUGGAACAAGAUUCUUAGUUACAAAAUUGGAAAAGAAAUGCAAAAUGCCUAACAGGAAUGUUUUUUGUGUUUUUAGUGUCAGUGUACAUACAAAUAAACAUGGCUGCAAAAUUCUUUGAAGCUGCCAACUUACCUGGUCAGCAUGGCCCUUUGCUAUACAUAUUAAAUUACUGUAAUUAAAAAAAAAAAUUCAGCUACAGCACAAAAUUUACAUUAUAAAUUUGUUUACAUUUAUGUUUUGAGGGUUGGUACAUGUACUGCAUUUAUGUCCUUUCCCUUGUUUACAUUUUUAGGAGGUCAGAAUGAUUUUUAAGAUUUUUUUUUUUUUUCAAAAUUCAGUUCAAAUAAUAUAAGAAGUCCAAAUAAUCCUGUAAACUGCCAUGCGGGGGGAAAAAAACGAGUUUUGGUGCUAGCAUAGAACAAAAAUGCUCAUUAUGGCUUCAGCAGUUACUGACGGUAGUCACAGGUGGUUCACUGUCUGUCUUCCAUCCCCAGAAUGGGAAAACUCUACUUCAUAGACAUUUUUGAAGAUUUUGUUCUGUCAAACUAACCAUUUUCUUAAAAUGCAAACUUUGCAAGGCCAAGUUCUCAUGUUACAUUGAGAAUUUCUAUAAAGCAAACAAUGCUUGAAUAUAUUAAAUGCUUUGUUCUUGUGAUGGCAUUUUCAAAUUGGCUUGAAAUUAGUCUGCCUAUUACUUCCUACUUUUACAAUAUAAUCUCCAAUGUUUUACAACAAGGACAAUUGUAUAAUCCUGUGAUCUUUAAAAUUUCUGUCAUUUUUAUUUUUAUUUUCUAUUCUCUGCCCUUGACAUGUAUUACAAGUUAUUGUGACAUUAAAAUGCAGGUUUUCUAUUUG